AUACACGUGCAGCAAGCGGCAACAGGGCGCGGCACAUCAAAGCACGGAUGUAAUGAACACACUCCUGCGAAUAGACAUCACUUGUGACAGUUGAUGAGUCGUCGCCGUCUCGCGCUCUGCAUGGCACGCAACGAAUAAGACCAGGAAAGUUUUACAAUUGGAAACCCCCCUUCGCUACCACACCCUAAUGUUAACUGUAUAACUCCAUAGUCGAAGCUGAAUUUGCGAAUUUUGAACAAUUCGCUCGGAGUAAGACAAGGUGAAACUAGGACCGUGCCCCCGACGUUUAUUGAGAGGAAUUGGGGGACGGAAGGGGGGACAGUAGUGAUUCUGGACUGCAUCGCCGGACGGAAGGACCGAGCGACAACUAUUGACUGGCGAGCGAGAACGACAUCUCGUCGUCAAAAUGGCGUGCUGUCUAACAGAGGAAUUGAAAGAGCAGAAGCGAAUUAACCAGGAAAUAGAACGCCAGCUGCGCAAAGACAAGCGGGAUGCUAGACGCGAGUUGAAGUUGCUUCUAUUAGGGACAGGAGAGUCAGGGAAGAGUACCUUCAUAAAACAGAUGCGAAUUAUCCAUGGCGCAGGCUACUCUGACGAUGACAAGCGCACCUUCAUCAAAAUUGUGUACCAGAAUAUCUUCAUGGCUAUGAACGCCAUGAUCAGGGCUAUGGAGACUCUAAAGAUUGCUUACAGAGAUGUGAACUCAGUAAAUAAUCAGACCGAUAAUGCAAUUAUGAUCCGAAAUGUUGACUACGAGACGGUGACAACGUUCGAGCCCCAGUAUGUGGAAGCUAUCAAGUGUCUGUGGGCAGACCAAGGCAUCCAGGAGUGUUAUGACAGACGUCGAGAAUACCAGCUCACCGACUCUGCUAAAUACUAUCUGAACAAUGUGGACAGAAUAGCAGCAACUGAUUACCUACCCACGUUACCUGACAUCCUCCGUGUGAGAGUACCCACAACCGGCAUCAUAGAAUAUCCAUUUGAUUUGGAUAGUAUAAUAUUUAGAAUGGUUGACGUGGGAGGACAGAGGUCCGAGAGACGGAAGUGGAUCCACUGUUUUGAAAACGUGACGUCCAUCAUGUUCUUAGUAGCCUUAAGUGAAUAUGAUCAAGUGUUGGUAGAAUCAGAUAGUGAGAACCGGAUGGAGGAAUCGAAAGCAUUGUUCCGGACGAUUAUCACCUACCCGUGGUUCCAGAACUCCUCCGUCAUCCUCUUCCUCAAUAAGAAGGAUCUGUUAGAAGAGAAGAUUAUGCACUCUCAUCUAGUCGACUACUUCCCUGAGUUUGAUGGUCCAAAGAAAGAUGCUGGUGCAGCACGCGAGUUCAUUCUUAAAAUGUUUGUGGAGCUCAACCCUGACCCGGACAAAAUAAUCUACUCGCACUUCACUUGUGCUACAGAUACGGAGAACAUCCGAUUUGUAUUUGCGGCGGUGAAAGACACCAUACUUCAGUUGAAUCUGAAGGAGUACAAUCUGGUCUGAAGACGGGUUGAGCCGGGCAGCUUAAAGUUGGCAAUUAACGUCUUUUUGUGAAAGUGUCCUUGAUCGCUGAUCGAUUCAUGAUGCAGUUGAUUCAGCCAGUACUACUGGUGUCGCCAUUACGUCAAGUCUCCUUUGACCUGCACAGUCCCCCCCUCCCCCCCCUACCUUGAAACGAUUGAUUCCUGUGCGUACAUUGUGAACGCAGAUGAUCUGUGACAAGCGUCUAUCUCUGUAUCUCUCUCGCACUUGCCAUCAUCAUCAAUAUAGAUGGAUGUUUGUGAUAUUAUCUACUGUCCCAGUCAGAGGAUGACCACGUUACCAGUUUGACGCAUGGAGACUGUUCGGCUUGGAACAUGGGCUGGGGAGGGAGGGAGGGGAUGGGAAUGAGGUUUUGAAGCCAUGUAGCAUCGUGUAGUGGGGUUUUGGCUUUCUCCGACAGCACAGAACUACCACUCGCCCAGGAUCCGCGCCAGAGUAUCAGUCAACCUUCAUUCAACCUGUUUUCUUCCUCUGUCACAAUUUUUUUGUUUCCACCUGAUUGCAAGCCACGUGUGACACCCCGUCUGACUGGCAGACGCUAAGUGGCAGCAUCUGUUGUUAUUGUUGUUGAAUACAAAACCAUGGACAACUUUCUGCCAUUUUGAUAAUUCAACAACACAACCACCUCUUUCUUACCCAGCUGGGGUCGUCAUCUCACGGACUGAAGGUACGAUCCAGGAAAUGUCGAAGAGGGGGAGGGAGAAAGGAGAGCGGGCCAGUCGCACUUAGCGACUGUUUUUAAGUGCGACUGAUCUAUUUCCAGCUGUCUAGCUGGCACUGAAAUUUACUUGAAGGGCAUGUUUAUUUGUGAGUCCACACCGAGGUGAAACUGCUCAGCAGAGGGCCCAGGAUCAUUUAGAAGGGCUUGCAGGCAUGUGGGAGGUCGACCUUGACCCUCCUGUGUCGUCAUGGUAACAAGUUCACAGAGGAGGAAGACGUGAAAUACAUACUGACUUUGUCCCUCUGAAGGUGUAUACAGGGGCACAGUACGGAUCGUCUACGACGCCUGCACGUCGUACAGUUCCCACUUGUAGGUACAGAAAAUUGUACAUAGCUUUUAACAGUGGACAACACUUGUGUUUGUUCCUUAACGGAAAAUGUGUCAACUUCUUAUGUUUGUGGUGUCAGCUUGUGUUUAUAUCUAAGUACAACUCCCCAGUGGCUGCGUGCUCUGAGCAAUACACCAGCAACCCGUUUUGUUUACCUUUCUAACCAGCCUCCGCCUUGUUCACUGUCGUGAACAGGGUCAGUGUAGGUCAAAUUACUGAAAUUGGACAUCACCUUUUCUGUGGUGUAUUUCUCCGAGCACUUAGAUUGCAAACACUGAUCACUACUGACCAUGAGAAUGAUAAUGUACGUGCAAAAGAGGACUGUAUAGUAAUUGUUGUGUGAAAAGUUCUUAUGUAUAACUGUGCUGCCACAAUUUUCAUACCACCUGGAUCUAACAGGCUGUUAUUCGCUUUUGAUACAUAUUGACCCUCUAUGUGUAAGAAAAGUAGUGUUAAUAUUUUGAUGUCCAGAUGUGUGAAUGUUUAUAAUUAUUAUGGUGAAUUUGAUUAUAAUAAUUAUUAUUAUUACUAUUAUUGUAAUUAUGAUGGUUUAUCACCGUGGAGAUAUCCCAAGAAGGUCUGAUUCAGCACAUGGGUGCCUCGUGGAGCAUCUUGUCUCACGGCUGUGGAGUCAGAACCGAAGGACUUCGGGGCUGUGUAGUUGUUCUAGCACUGACCAAGUUGACCGGCGUCCAGGGCUCUCCAGGAAAUAUGUGCUGGAAGGAGUACCCUUUGGACAGGAUUCGCAUGAGUGACACAAACCAACUAUUUGUCUUGUGACCGGCAUUUUAUGCUUACAUUUUGAAAAUGGCUGUAUCUGGCAUUUAACAAUUGACUGUGUCCUGGGCUUAUGAUACACGAUGAAGGAGAGGUGCAACGUCCCCCUGUUGUCCAAGCCUACCCCAUUGACCAGAAGACCAAGGCUAGUGGCUGUCUGCAGACCGUGUGUUGACUGACCAUGGCUCAACACUUCAAUACUGCCACAGGCUGCUGUUUCUACAGUCAUUGACUGCUCUAGCAGUUGGUGGAAAACCAGUGAUAGCAAUUUUUGUCAAUAAUUUUUGGUUUGAAAGAAACUGAUAUUGCUUCGUAUCACAAGAUAUUCAUAUAUCCUAGACUUAUUGUGUGUUUGGAUGAGAGUUGUCUCCCUUUGACGUUUUUACUUUGAUAGAAUUAGUUUGAAAUUUCGAAAAGAUCAUUUUAUGCCAAGGCUCGAGUUUGAAAUGGCGUGUUUGCUUCUUUGUUAUUUUCCAUUGUUGAAAAGGGGGAAGGGGAGAUAAUAGUUUGAAAGGGAGACAAUCCUUGCCAAAUGAAAUUUGUAAUGUAUGUAUACGUAUGCAUGUGCAAUUAGAGUUGUGCCCCUUGACUACUGGAUGUGUUGUAUGAGUGUGUGUGCAUGUGGCCUUUAUUGAGGUGUUUGUCUCCCUGUAGAUCCGACAACCGAUACUGGCGGAAGGACUUCAUGGGUGAAAUAGGCACAGAGCACACACAGUUAUGACCACAAGCCUGCAUUCUUUCUACUGGCUUAUCAAAGCUAUAAGGCAGCAUACAGACUCUGAGAAAUUCACUUAGGUCAGUUUCUGACUCUAGGCAAAAAGUCACCAGCAUGCAUGGGUUAGAAUAAAGUAGCUGGUAGCACAUCCAGUAACAAUACCUCCAUUGUGCAAUCUACUAAGCCUUAUCAAGAUGGGUCGUUUAAAUUUAGCUGUUUAAUCCCGUUCAUACUUAAAAUUGACUUAAUUUUUUUUCCGUACUUUUGAUGACGUUAUUACUGUUGGUGUAAAGUAUCCAAAUUGAGGUAACGUUAUAAAUCUUUGAGACUCCAAAUGACAGGUGUUUUCCAAAUGGACUCGUCCUACUUAAACUAGUUAGAUGGUUCUUUUUGUACUGAUUACCGAAUUCAAAUUUUCACAUGAACUAAUAUCUAUGCUGACAACUCCCUACUAUAUGUUCUUUGCGUGUAUGAUGACUUGUGUAUUUCUGUUGUACGUAGUAGUGUUUCUAAUUGGUUUCAUCAGAGCUGAAUUCAGACGAAUUUGAAAACCUGAGCAUUUGUAUGUGUGUGUACAUUUUAUAUCAGAAUUAAUCCAGCAUGAAUGUCGUGAGCCCUGAGUUGCUUCUGUAUGUGAAUUACUGUAAGUCAAGACUUUUUCAAAUUUACGCAAUUGCCUUUGGACUAGACAAAAUUGUCACCCUCAAACCAUGUGUACAGCUUCUCCAGGCCGACUGUUGUCACAGAGAGCUUGUACAGCUUCUCCAGGCCGACUGUUGUCACGGAGAGCUUGUACAUCUUCACCAGGCCGACUGUUGUCAUGGAGAGCUUGUACAUCUUCACCAGGCCGACUGUUGUCACGGAGAGCUUGUACAUCUUCACCAGGCCGACUGUUGUCACGGAGAGCUUGUACAUCUUCACCAGGCCGACUGUUGUCAUGGUGAGCUUGUACAUCUUCACCAGGCCGACUGUUGUCGUGGAGAUGUGAUACACAUGGCUGUAUUUUAACUUUUGCAAUUGCAUAAGAAGGUAGAUUUAAUUCGUUCGGUGAAGUGUGCCACCUGUAGACUCCUCCAAUCAUUAGAUGUCUGUACACAGUGUGUGUACCUGUGUUUAACACAAGCCGGGAGAGAGCUUCAUGCAUGUACAGCGAUUCAACUUGAUACAUUUGUGUAUAAAUAUAUAAAUACCUUCUUCAUGUCUGUGGGAGGCUGAGUGAUUGUGUCCCGUUUUAGAAUAAUUACUCGUAACAGGUGGAAGGUAAGUAGCGACUUUUCUACACGGAACAUUCACAUGAUGUGCUCAACUAAGCCACUGGAAUAUAGCCCUGUUACCACUUGUCACCAUGGGAGGAAUGGUAUUGUAUGUACUCUGUAACACCGCACACAAGUCUGUUCAGUUGCCAGAGUCCCUUUGGAUUUGUGGACGAUAUUUGAGAUUUUUAUAUCUGAGAAAGGAUGCUCGUUUGUCCUCUCCCAGCGUUUGGUUUCUUGAGACUUUUGGGUUUUGGAAGAGAAAAUGGCUGAAACAUUGCUAAGAGUACAGCUUGUUUUCCAUUUGUGCUGCCUGAACCGACUUGUGUGUGGCUUUCUACAACUCGCAUCAUUUGAUCAUGACUGAUGUUUCUUCAUGGAAUGCAUCCUGUAUUUGUGGCUUACUUCUGGUGAUUGAGUGAUAGGUCCCAUGGCUUCGGUAGCAGCCUGUGUGUUGAUUUCAUUGUUUAACUAGGUGUUUGUGAUUGCAAGGGGAACAGUUGUCUCCCUUACAUAGUUCUACAGAGUUGUGUCCCUUUACACUGCCCACUUUUGUUGCCAUUGCCAAAAUGUAGUGUGGAAAAUAGGACACUGUUUUGAAACCCAUGUAAUUCAAUUUAAAUAACCUCCUGAACAGUAAUGUCAAAAUUGUCUCGGACCUCAACUACGUUUUGAGAGAAACAUAAUCACCCAUCUUUGUAUUGUGGUAUAUAUGUUAGUGAUAAUGCGAUGUUACUUUAAUUGACCUAGUUCAAUCCCAGAAUAACUACCAACAACUAGUGCCUAGCGUUAUCUGUUUGUCAACUCUUGUGUCGCAACCAUGGACUUGUUCAUUAUAGGAAGCAGGAUCUUUUUCUGUGCCAGUGUCCUAUUGUUCAAUAGUGUAACUGUGAUUUUGUAACAAGUUUGACAUGUUUGUUUGAAUGGGCCAGGUGCAACAUAUAUUCUUUCUGCUAGAGAGACCUGGAUUCCCCCUUCGUCCCACACUGGUUGGAUCUAGUUGAGACUGGUCAGAUCUAGUUGAGACUGGUCAGAUGCACCCAAUGGUGUCUCUUGAUCAGUGUUGCCAUGAGGUGACAUGCUAGAUCUUUGCUGUUAUGGGACAUCCGGGGUAAAGCAGAGCCUCUCUUGAUAAUAUUGGAGCAGUUCACACUGAAAUGUAGGGACUAUUUGAAUUAUUUGGAUUUUGCAUAAUGUAGGUACAACUCGAGUGUUUGAAACUGUUUUUCUAGUCUUGAGGGAACGGUGGGUCAGAUUUACAAAUUAUGGAAGAUGUUCUUCUAACUUUAGACCCCCCUGCCUCGCAGGUAAAGUUAGGAGUGCCAUUUCAAAAUUUGAAAAUCUGAAAAGUAACCUCGGUGACUUGAUUUUGGAAGACGCCAUAAUGGACGAAAUCUCCUUUAAUAAACCCCCCAACAAAUAAGACUGGAAAUAGCGAGUAACGCCUCUGGACAAUGACAAGGGUGCUGUUUUGUGAGGACCAGGAUGGUGUCCUGGAGCCAGUGAAGUGUCCUUUUGGGCAGCAUGGCAUCACUGUGACCUUGGACACACAUGGCAUCCUGGUGACCUUGAACUUGCAGGACAUGGUGUGUUAGGAUUAACAUGGCAUCAUGGCACCCUGAGACUGACGUGAGGCUACAGUGCAAUAUGGUGAUUACUGUUCCCAGCUUUCUGUUGGUCAAGCUGUCCCAUCAAUAGAGGAAGUUGUGUCCCGUUUCUGAGUGGUAAUCUGCAUAAUUUGACCAAGUGCUUAACUUGAAUCUCAUAUUUCAUGGUGUUUUGUCCAAACAUAAUACUAAUGCGAUCUCAGAAAAAGAUGUCUGCAUUUUGUUGGAAAGCUGGAAUUUUUAAAUCCCCGACUUGUAAUGGCAUUUGUUCUAGCAUAUUUGAAACAGAGUUUGGGAACAGAUUGGGAGGCAUAGAAAGUGUUAAAUGUGCAACUGACAACCUACUGUAAAUUUGUAUGUAAUAUGAAAUGCUUGUUUAUUAUUUAAUAAUUGGAAGUUUGCUCAAUAUGAACUGCAUUUUGUAGACUGAUUAUGAAUAUUGUUACUUGGAGGCAGCAGUAUCAGCUGUGUCUCUCCCCCCACCAGUUGUCUCCCUUGGCCUGGCUACUUGCCGUGGCCUGUCCAGUCUGUUGCUCUGUAUAAAGGCUCAAGUUUGCACUAUCUGGUUAUUUCACAGUGUUCAUUUUCUCUGUAAAUGUAUUUGUACCACAGUGCAUGUAUGUAAGUAUGUAUGUAUGUAUUCUCGGGGUCCUGUUGCUAUGGCAACAGGUACUCUGUUCAACAAGUUUCUGGGAUUUGUUUUGCAUAUUGAAGAGCCAUUUUAAGCUCCAAUAUGGAGUACCAGUGGGUUAGACGCGGACCCUAUCAGGUGAUCAUUGUAUUAAGAGCAGACAGUGUUAUUAAUGUUGAUAAUCAUGGUAGGGAAUGUAUUUUGUAGCGCUUUUUGUAGUCUCGUUGCCAUGGAAACGUGAUGCAUGGGUGCGUCAUCAAAAACUCUGUUACGCAAUUUAUCUUAUUGACUAUGCGCCAAUGAUGUGUCAUUUUGUUUGAAUGAUGUGAAAAUAAUCUCAUUUUUUAAAUACAACAUUAAAAAGUGGCACUGA